UUAACAGAAUUAUAAAGACAGUGAAAUAGGCCUAAGUGAGUCCCUCCCUUUUCACUGAACUUCUGUUCUGUGAAACUCCUUCAGACUGAGUUGCCUCGUUCACCAUGGCGGUGUUUUCGUCUCUUACUCCGGUGUUCGUGGCGGUUUUGUGUGUUAUCAUAGGGUUUCUCUUUAAAAACUCCCAGAGGAGAGAGAGCAGAUCCAAGCAGAGGAGUUCAGGAGACACAGCCAGACCAUGGGUGGAUGAGGAUCUGCAGGACGACACAGAAAUCAGCAGGAAACACAGCGAGGAUGAUGAUGAUUGGCUAGACACAACAGAGGAAGAAGGCUUAGUCCAUAUCCCCUACACUCCUGCUCAGUACUCCUCUGCCGAGAUGCUGGAGCGCUCAGAGAAGUUUUACUCACUCAUGAAUAUGAGACGGUCUGUCCGCUUCAUCAGUCCACAACCGGUUCCAAAAGAAGUGAUUGACAAUGUCAUCCGCACUGCAGGCACUGCCCCCAGUGGAGCUCACACUGAGCCCUGGACGUUUGUGGUGGUGUCUGAUGCCGAUGUGAAACACAAGAUCAGAGAGAUCGUCGAGGAAGAGGAGGAGAUCAACUACAAGCAAAGGAUGGGAGACAAGUGGGUCCAUGACCUGAAGAGACUUCGGUGUGUUUCAAAUAGACAAGAGGCUUCAAAAAAAAUGUUUUUUCACAUAUAGUUUUAUGCUUAGUGU